GGAGUAUUUGUGACCUGCCAGACGAAACUAGCAAGCAAGCAAGCAACAGCAAGAAAGCGGCUUCUUCUGCUUCUCUCGGUCACGCCAUAUCGCUUGCGAAUAUAAAUAUGUUGUUCCUUUUGCAUUUACUAGGUAGCAUGAAGUAGGCAUUUUGUUUUGCUAGAGCUAGCUAGCUAGCAACGAGAGCUACACCAUGGCGGUGCUGGGGCUCUCGUCUCAGAUCAGGGGCGCGGAAGAUGACGCCAGGAAAAGAGAGAGCGGCAGGGGCCACGGUCGCAAGCUGUCGGGCGUCUUGUCCUCCUUCCUGGAUGCAUUCCGCUGCCAUGUCGCACACGCGGGCGUGUGCAGCGCCGCCACCAACAAGGAGCAAGACACGAGCAAGAGCAAGGCCAAGCCCAGGCUCAAGCUUCUCCUGCAGCAGCAGCAGCAGCGGGCGGAGGACAAGAGGGAGCAAGACAAAGCAUCAGCAUCGAUAUCCGAGGUAUGUGAGCGACUCAAGGCCCAUGACGACGACGACGACGACGACAACAAGGCCAAGGUGGUUGUGAGCCCGAGAGAUCAUGGGGGGCCCAACAACAUCAAGGCCCCCGGAGGAUCCUUCGGGAGGAGAUUGGAUCUGCGGUGGCUGGUCGACGGCGUGAAGAGCGGGCGGAAAGAGGACGAGCGGUUGAGAGCGGCCACAGAAAUGCGGAGGAUGAGCCGUGACAGCGCAGAAAACAGGGUGGUGCUGGCGGAGCUGGGCGUGAUUCCCUCGCUGGUGGACCUCUUGGAUUCAACCAUCUCCGCUGUCUCCGCUUGCAAGCAGCCUCUGCUGGCGCUGCUCAACCUCGCCAUCGGAAACAGCAGGAACAAGCAGUGGAUCGUCGAGGCCGGAGCGGUGCCAAUCCUGGUCCGGAUUCUAUCCAGCGCUACCUCGGCUGCGGACGUUGUCGAGAGCGCCAUAGCUGCUCUACUCUCGCUGUCAGCCCUGGAUUCCAACAAGCCCAUCAUAGGCCACUCGGGUGCAUCCCAGCAGCUGGUGCGGAUCGUCCGCACCAAGAGCAGCAGCAGCAUCAUCAAGGAUUCCACCCGCGUCUUGUACAACCUCUCCAUUUCUUCCGCAAAUGUUGGGCGUAUGGUGGCGGAUGGUGCAGCCGACGCCCUCCUCAACCUCCUCAACACGGACGCCGAUAGCGACCCGCUGGUUGCCGACAGGAUCCUGGCCACGCUGGGCAAUCUGGCGGAGCUCUCAGAAGAGGCACGCAAAUGCCUCACCUCCUCCGCUGCCAUCGCCAAGCUCCUCACGGCGCUCGCAUCCUACACCGCAACCAUGGAAGAAACGUCAUCUUCGUCGUCGUCGUCGGCGUCGGCUUCGUCCGGCUCGGAAGAGGACUCCCAAGUAUAUUCGAAGCAUCUUGGCCCUGCCGCCACGGUCGCGCGGUGCCAGGAGCGAGUCCUCUACGUGCUCAUGCUGCUCACUCACCACAGCUGGCCUGCUCGCCAGGCCAUGGUGAGCGCUGGUGCUGUCACUCCACUCCUGGAGGUGGCACUGCUGGGCACGGCCAUCGCGCAGAGGAGGGCGGCACGGAUCCUCGACUGCCUGAGGGAGGAGCGCUUCCAGCGAAAUGCCAGGCCAAUGUCGGCACCACUCGCGCUCCCGCUCGCAGCUUCGUCCAGGAUGGUCCAGGCCCCAAAGCAUGCAGUGUGCGAGGAGCGAAGGGCCGUCAACUGGAUGGUGAAGCAGAGCUUGGAGAGGAAUAUGGAGAAGAUGGUGCGCCGCGCCAGGCUUCCUUCCGAGGAUCUAGACGCCAGCAGCAGGAUGACAAUAAGCAGUAAGCUCAACAGGAGCUUUGGCAGCAGUUCCAGCUCCAAGGCGAUGCUUGUCUGAUAGAUUUUUGUACAUAAAGGAGGAGCUACUUGGCCGGCGAUGAUAGAUGCAGCUUCACCAGCGAGGCAUAAGCUCCAUUGGGCUUGCUCAUGAGCUGGGAAUGGCUCCCUCGCUCCACAAUCACCCCGUUGUUCACAACGGCGAUCACGUCCACGCCAACAAUUGUUGACAGCCGGUGAGCAACAAUUAUCGUUGUCUUGCCAACCAUGAUCCUGUCCAAUGCCUCCUGGACAACGCUCUCAGAUUCCGCAUCCAAGGCACUGGUUGCCUCGUCCAGCAGCAGAAUCCUGGGCUCCUUGGCCACGGCUCUGGCGAUGGCAACUCGCUGCUUCUGUCCCCCAGACAACUGCAUGCCGCGGUCGCCAACCUGAGUGUUGUAGCCGUCGGGUAAGGCCGAGAUGAACUUGUGAGCGUUUGCGGUCGUUGCUGCGGCCUCGAUUUCCUCCUCCGCCACCCUCCCCUCUCUUGCAUACGCAAUGUUGGACCGUAUGGUGCCGCUGAACAGAAUUGGUUCUUGGCUCACCAGUCCAAUGUGUUGGCGUAGCCACCUCAGGCUCAUCGUUUUGAUGUUGAUCCCGUCGAUGAGUAUCUCGCCGCUAUCAGGAUCGUAGAAUCUUUCCAAGAGAGCGAUGACAGUUGACUUCCCGCUGCCACUUUCCCCUACCAGGGCCAUUGUCUGUGGGAAAACAUAAACAAAGUCACAAAAGAAGAUGCGCUU